CACAAUGUCAAUGAAACAAUGAAUUAUAUUAAUCCUCACUGAAGACUUACUAGUUCUACCUUCCAAUUCCUUUAAUUUUCCGCUCUUCGUCUUCGACUUUUUCUUGACCUGUUAUCCCUGCUUGUUCAUGGUUGGAGUUGGACACAAAUACUUCUAAUAGAAAUAGACUCACGCAGCUAUAACUUUUAAGAGAAAUAGAAAAAAUGCCCACCUCCUCUGAUUCGUCCUCUCAGAGCAUUGGUCUCGUGCAUCGCGCUGUGCAUGCCAUGAUCGCGAAAAUCCCCUACCGCGAUGACAACGGUGCUGGCGGCGUGCAUCCUGCUUCCCUGAUUACAUUAAGGCAGCCGAGGUCGCCAAUGAAUGAAUGAAUCAAUCCACCUCCAGAAGCAUCUCGAAUCUGUCCGAUAAGGGGAAAACAGAUCUGGGAUCUAUCUCAACAUGAUGGAUCAGGGUGAGCUCUAAUUACAGUCGAUGCUGACGGAUUUCCGAGUUCACGCAUAGUUGUUCCACGCCAGGUGGCUCCAGAUUUUUCGGAAAUCCGUCUGAAUACAAGAGCCGAGAGCCGCAAAGUAGCUGAGGUACGAGCUAAUCCGCGAGUCAGCGUAUCGUGGGAAGACCAACGCGGAGCUGGAGGCUGGGCCGUCGCCAAAGGCCAAGCAGAGGUUAUUCCGAUAGACAAAGGGCAGCCAGCCAGAGUGGAUAUCGUAGUAAAGUGUCACCGCCUGGAAGCCAUGAGUUACAUUAUGAAUUCUGGACCUCUAUUAGAAUGUUAAUAUUAUACAUAGCACCACUGAUUGGGUCGUUCUCGUUAGACCUCUAGAUGAAGACCACUAUCUAAGUAAAAGUGAACAACAAGACACUAAGUAAAAUAAACAGUUUUGAAGAGCGACAAAGAGUAGUUCGUUGCUUGGAUCUCUUUUUUUUAUUGAUUCAAUUUCAAAACAAAACUACAAAGCUUUGCUUUGUCCUUCUCCCUGUGUCCUUCUAAGUCCAACGAACGAGUGAUGGCUGACGAUCAAGAGGGCUGGAAACCAACUAUACUCGAAAGAACCGGCGACCACAGGGGAUGGCAAUUUGCAAGUGGUUACGCUCAGCUGACAGAUUUAGCGCAAGGAAAAAAAAGGCGCAGUGGGUAGUCUGUAGAUGAAAAAGCUGAUGCCGGUCAUCGGCAAAGUCACCAGCUGUGACAGUAAUGGGAAAGACUACAGGCCAUAUGAUCACGACUCCGCGUGAUCAUGGUGAUUAGUCGCUGCAGGGAGAGGUGCCGCAUAGCCAUAUUAACGGCCAUUUCGAAGAAAGACUCGCGUCAGGCCAAGCUGACUCCAGACACGACGAAUGAAGACGCAGUGGACACGAUAGCCCCAUUGACGGCGCGAGCGUCAUCCUUGUCGGUAAGUAGAGACUCUCAAAUGGGCGUCUCAUGCGUGUUUUCUAUAACCGCAAAGGAGUCCGUCGUGCAGAGCAUGCGAGGAAUCACAUCUGUACUGUGCAUAUUAUAUGCAAAGAUGUUAAGUGACCUGAAGGUAUUUCCAUUGGUACAUUUUCUGGGCAGCGUCGAAGAUGUGCACGAUGACAUCGAGUCCCUGAUCUCAACGGGCAGUCACUUUUUUUAAACACAAAUCAAAAUAUAUCAAAGAAAUUAUGACACAACUCUCUGAAACCCACGAGAGGACAUG